UCUUGUAUAAGGCUCAUAACGACUAUAUUUUCAUUUUUAUUCUUACAAAAAUGGAAAACAAACACCCCCUAAAUUUGUCAUUGUUGUGAAUAUUUUACUUGAAAGAGAAAUUGCGACUUUCUAUAACAGUUAAUAACUAGACAUAAAGAUGAGGCUUUUAGUACCUCAAAUCCUGAAAACAAGGAACAUCCAUCCAAAAAUAUUGUUAAGACACAACAGCAUGUAGUUAGGAGGAUAAAGAGGAAGGCCAUCGUUUUAUCCAGAGGAGGGUCUGGUCUACCACAAAUUUGCAACUAGCAAAACUCUUGGUUGGAAGAUAAAUGGAUAUUUCCGAUUAUAAGUCCAUUGAGGAAGCCGAAAGCAAUGCAUUAACAUGCGUUUUUAGCUCUAAAGUUUUCCUAUUUCAUUCAUGGAGAGACAGAUAACAGCAAGAGAAUAAUCUAAAACAUUUUUCCCCCAUAAUUCCCAGAAAAUGUCUCAAUCUGAUAGGAUGCGAAGAUCUUCUGAGAACAGUAAGAGUCCGAAAACUCAAACCUCGCCAACUUUUGAGCAACUUUUACAUGGUGAAGAUUUGCUGUGGUCAUCAAGCAGCUCACCCACAUUAGGAAAUAAUCAUGAUCAAGAAGAGUACAGCAAUCACCCUAACAAGAAAUCCGUUCUCGCAAAAGUAAAAGAGAGAGCUAAGAAAUUGCGACACUCUCUCAGUGGCAAGAAAAGACAUGAAAACGACCUUCAUGAUGAUAAAACCACACCCUCGUGGGGUGUUAGCUUGGAUGAUUUGGACGAAGAAGAUGACGAUCCUGAAUAUCUUGGAGCCCCAAGUAAUAACAUUAACAAUUUUAUUUGUAAAUUUAUGAUAUUGAGGCAAAAAAUCUUAAAUCUUCUGUGUCUUAUAGUGUAUGAAUCGGAACUGGCACCUGAGACUUACCGAGAGUAUGCGAGGCAGCAUCCACGAGCAAGCCCAGUGGUGUCUGAGAAACACAUAAUGCCAGGAAGCGUCAAGCACGAAACUGAUCAACAAGAAAAUGACAGAGCCAUGAGCAGAAACAAGACCAUGGCUAGGAGCGCAUCUCUGAAGUUAGCCCCAUCUCAUAGUGUUACUUCUAAAUUUGCUGGCCUCACGGUUAAAACACCUGAAACACAAGAAACAGGAGAUCAUACUGCACUUUCAGAUUCUGCAAUUCAUCUUGGUGAUAUGAAGAAAUUGGGUGAAAGUUCUCUAAUUGGAAAACAAUUUAGCAGCAGCCCACAAAAAUGGGACAAAGGCGUUUCAGUAAAGGAGUAUUUCUUGAAUAAGUUGGAACCUGGAGAAGAUGAAAGAGCUCUUUCACAGGCCAUAACAGACGCAAUAAGUCCUAGGAAAACUGCGAGGGAAACUGGUGUGGUUGAGAUGGUGAAAGAAGCUGUAACUUCCUUUUUUCGCCACGAAGAGACCUCCAGCUCUGUGACAACUAAGACUACAACAAAUUCAUCAUCUACCCUUCUUGUCUCACCCAAACCAACUUUUAAUAAGGAGAAUUCUCUCUCUUCUACCAAUUCACCUACUUCCAAACUUUCCUUCUACGCCAGUGCAAACUCGUCCCCCGUCCCCAUUUCUACCAAUGCGCAUCCAGUUCCAGAGGAAGAAAAUCAUGGAAGGAUUCUCCAGCCCAACUGAAUACACAUUUCUGUUUAAUCAGCUUCCUUCCAACCAUUUAGAAUGAGUUUUGUUACUUUUAGCUACAUUUAUAUGUAAAUUGAUGUCAAGAAUAAAUUUGCUUUUACAGUAAACCCUCGAUCAUUUGUUUAUGUAUUUGUCAUUUGAAAUCUAGUAUUGUUGUUGUGUUCCCAAUGUAUGAACCCUUGUAUCCCAUGAUCGAUUACUAUUGGAGAUUUUUGGCAAUAUUAUGGUCCUCUUGUUUUUA